CUACGAGUUUUUUAAACAGGGGAUUUACUUUCACACUACGCCGGCUUUCAGUGACUUAUCGGCGGAUACGUUCGCGCACCUGAGUCCGUGGCGCCAAGCUCACAUUUAUGUUACUGCUUUCCUUUAUUUGGUUUCAUUUAUUUUUCCGACCGACCUUUGUCUUCCACUUUUGGGCUUUAGAAAGAUAAAAAGGCGGGACUUCGGUGGGUUUUCUACUAAAAAAAUACAAGCAGACCCCUGUCUCGCUUGGGGUGACAGACAGACGUUAGGCCGCCCAUCCUCCGGCUGCAGUACGCGGUCUACGGGCGUCAGGAGGCGGAGGCGACGCAUCCUCGUGGGCCUUGGCCAGCACAGUGAUGGCCCCUCGUUUACAGCUGGAAAAAGCCGCUUGGCGUUGGGUAGAGUCCGUGAAGCCAGAAGAAGUUAGACAAGAGCACGUUGAAACUGCUUAUCGAGUGCGUUUGGAGCCAUGCAAGCGUGGUGUCUGCAGACGAAAUUGUAAGGGGAAUCCAAAUUGCUUGGUUGGGAUUGGCGAGCAUAUUUGGCUGGGAGAAAUAGAUGAAAACAGUUUCCAUAAUAUUGAUGACCCUAAUUUCGAGCGUAGAAAAAAGAAUACUUUUGUGGGCCUUACAAACCUUGGUGCUACUUGCUACGUAAACACCUUUCUGCAAGUAUGGUUUCAUAACCCAGAGCUGCGGCAGGCAAUUUACAUGUGUCAGAGUGAAAGAAGUGAUGGGGAAAGUAUCCUUUUGAAUGAUGCAGAUUAUGAACCACAGACAAUAUGUGAACAUCUCCAGUACUUGUUUGCAUUGUUGCAGAACAGUAAUCGGCGCUACAUUGAUCCGUCAGCAUUUGUAAGAGCUUUGGGUUUGGACACAGGACAGCAGCAGGAUGCCCAGGAGUUUUCCAAAUUAUUUUUGUCUUUGUUGGAAGAUAUACUAUCCAGACAGAUGAAUCCUGAUGUUAGAAAUGUUGUCCAGCAACAAUUCUGUGGCCAGUGCGCUUAUAUUACUGUGUGCAACCAUUGUAGCAGAGAAUCACAACUUAUAUCUCGGUUUUAUGAAUUAGAAUUGAAUAUUCAAGGACACAAACAACUCCAGGACUGUAUCACAGAAUUUCUUAAGGAUGAAAAGUUAGAAGGAGACAAUCGCUAUUUCUGUGAAAAUUGUCAGAACAAGCAAAAUGCUACAAGGAAAAUUAGACUUCUCAGCCUUCCACGCACCCUCAACUUGCAGUUGCUGCGAUUUGUUUUUGACAGGCAAAGUGGUCACAAAAAGAAGUUAAAUUCCUAUAUUGGUUUUCCGGAAGUUCUGGAUAUGAGGCCUUACAUGGAUGCAAAAGAUGGCAAUUAUGUGUAUGAACUGAAUGCUGUUCUUAUACACAGAGGAGUCAGUGCAUAUUCUGGACACUACAUUGCCCAUGUGAAAGAUACUGUAACAGGAGAGUGGUAUAAAUUUAAUGACGAAGAGAUAGAAAAGAUGGAGGGGAAGAAGCUUCAUCUUGGUAACGAAGAAGAUUUAGCAGAAUCUUCCAAAACGCAGACACGCAAACCGAAGUGUGGAAAAGGAAGCCAUUGCUCUCGAAAUGCAUACAUGUUGGUCUAUAAGAAGCAGUGCGAAGAGGAGAAACAGAGUACAAUGGCUGUUCAGGUGCCAGCAGCAUUUCUGCAGAAGCUGGUGGAGCGAGAUAAUCUAAAAUUUGAAGAAUGGUGUGUAGAGAUGGCAGAAAUGCGCAAACAGAGUGUUGACAAGGGAAAAGCAAAACACGAAGAGGUCAAGGAACUGUACCAAAUGUUACCUGCUGCACUUGACAAGCCCUAUGAAUUUCUUCCACUUGUGUGGCUGCAAAAAUGGUUAGAUGAGUCUACACCUACAAAACCAAUUGACAACUGCAAGUAUCUCUGUCAACAUAAUAAGCUUCAACCUGACAGAAUAUCUGAUAUGAAAAGAAUAUCAAAGGCUUCUGCAGAUAUUCUUUAUAGCAGAUACAGUGGAGGACCAAGGCUGGAUGCAUCAGCUCUUUGCUGGGACUGUGUAGUAGAGAGAUGUCGUGUCCUGAGAUUGAAAUCCCAGUUAAAUGAAGAUUUUAAAAUUGUUUCAAACUUGCUGAAAACAUCAGUAACAAGUAACGAGGGAUUCUGGGUUGGAAAAGGAUCACUGCGGAGUUGGCGGCAGCUUGCACUAGACCAGAUGGAUGAGCAAGAAGAAGAUUCAGAGCCCAGUAACGGCCAGUCAAAUGGGGAGGAGCAUGUGGUGUUACCAAAAGAAGAUGGUGGAUCAAGUAGAGAAAAGAACAUAGAAGACCGUGUCGACUUUAAUCAAGAUAUUCUUUGUCCACAUGGUGAUCUUUCCAUAAUUGAAGGAGAUAGGAAAGUGGUGUCCGAUGAAGUGUGGGUUAAACUCAAGUUGUAUUUUCCUAAGGCACCAGAAUUUCGGUUCAGCCAGGACUCCUGCUCAAAGUGUAAGGACUUGGAGAGGGAGGGAGAGGAGAAUGAAGCACUUAAUAAGAUGAUGGCUAAUGAGCAGAAACAGGCCCUUGGCAACUUGUUUCAAGACAGAAACAGACCUACACUUGGUAACUGGCCUAAGGAAAUGGACGUUUUGUACGUAGUUUCAAACUUUUUUGUUGAAGAGUGGAAAAAGUUCAUUAAAAGACCAGCAAAGUGCACUCCAGUAUCUUCUGUGGGAAAUAACGCUCUUCUUUGUCCUCAUGGUGGCCUUAUGUUUACAUAUUCUUCUAUGGCUAUGGAGGAUUCCAAACUUAUAGCUUUAAUAUGGCCAGAAGAGUGGGAUCUUAUUCAGAAGCUUUUUGUUGUGGAUCAUGCCAUUAAAAUCUGCAGGAAGAGAGAAUCAAUGGAUGAUGGUAGUUUGGAUACAGUUUAUGUCACAGAUCCUGAGCUUUGUCUAGAAUGCAGAGAGGGCUUGCUUUGCCAACAGCAGAGGGAUCUAAGGGAAUACACGCAAGCCACUAUUUACGUCUGCAAAGUGAUUGACAACAAAAAGGUGAUGAAGGAAGGAGCUCCAGAAUUGAAUUUAAGUAGUUCUGAUCCAGAAGAUGAGCGAGAGGAUGUUAAGACUGAUGGAGAAAAGGACCCAGACUUCCAUCAGACUAAUGGUGGAAUCAAGCGGCAGAAGCUCUCCAGUCAGAGUUAUGUAAUAUGUCAGCAAACUGGAAUCAGAAGAAGUACCCGUCACAGAAAAGUACGAGGAGAAAAGGCUCUUAUUGUAUCUGCUAGUCAGACUCUGAAAGAACUUAAAAUACAGAUCAUGCAUGCUUUUUCAGUGGCUCCUUUUGAUCAGAACUUGUCCCUAGAUGGAAAGCUUUUGACUGAUGAUUCUGCAACACUAGGAAUGCUUGGAAUUACUCCAGAAGCUGUACUUGUAUUAAAGGCUGAUGAACCAGUAGUAGAUUAUGCUGCAAUGGAUGAUGCUUUACAAGUUUGUAUGCCUGAAGAAGGUUUUAAAGGUACUGGUCUUUUAGGACACUGACAUUCCAAAUGGCAUUACUGCUGAAAACAGUGAAGGAAAUGAAGAAUAAACAAGACAGUAGAGAGCACAGACAGCACAGGAAGCAGUGGAUAAGUGGAUAUCAUGUGAUUUCAGUCUCCCUGGCUGCAAGGAUUCCUCCUGAAGCAUCUGUGUUGGCUGCCUUCUGAGCCAAAAUUCAGAUGUGCCAUGAAGAUUACAUGGGGUCAUGAACUCUAAAAGCUUUGUAUUUAAUCAAAAUUAUCAAAAUCAGAGUUUCUAAUAUUUACCUAUUUUAAAUAAAGUCUUUUUUUACAUGGUUA